CGGGUGUUGAGGGUACACACAGUGAUCAGAGGGUCCUCACUUCCACUCUGUCUGUUUGGUGUCCGUUGGCGAUGAGUGGCUGACCAUUUCCCAGAUGACUUUCGGGCGGUGAGGUGACCUAUGUUCCAGCCAGACGUCACGCCGGAUGCCAUUCCGCCACGCAACUAUCCACCCCAUCUCACGACAAAGAAGGCAGCACUCUAUGUGCUCAUCGCGUCCACCCUGCAGAUCUUGUUCGUCACGGCGGAGGAGCUGCUCCAACGUCGGCUGCUGGGAUGGGCCGCGCUGCCGCCCUCGGUCACUGAUGACGCUGUCCGUCUGGCUGUCCGGUUCCUGCUCUGGGAUGCACUGGCGAUUGUGGGCUAUGCGACGGUCUCCAUUGUGACGCUUGAGCGCGGGCAUUUGAGGAGCCGCUAUGGCAGCUAUGCGGAGCUGCUGAAGCUGCAGGCGUCCCUGCCGCUGAUCUACAUCUGCACUGCUCCAUCCGAGACUCUCUCGGCUUCCGGCGUCAGCUGGUCCGUCUACUUAUGCGGGUUCUUCGUCGGUCUGCUGUUCACUUACUCGGACAACCAGCCCUUCUUGCAGCGGGUUGGGUGCAAGGUGCCCGUACCGGCCCUCUGGUCAACCCUGACGCGGAAGGAGGGCGUAUUUGUGGCUGGAGGGCUUGGGGUGAGCUUGGCUGCGGCCCUGCAGCUGUGUGGUGAGUUGUGGAGGCAGCAGAUGCUCACACGACGUAAGCUGGGCUGGCAGGGCAGCGACACACACGGGUGGUGGACAGAUGGGAUGAGUGGGUGCAGGUGCACGGACUGGACAGCUCACCUAACCUAACCUGGUUGGUUCUUUUGUGUUGACUGACUGACUCGUAUUUAUGUGACUUACUGCCUGCCUGCCCGCAGUCGUGACAAACCUGGGGCUGCUGCUGUCGGCAUUUGGCGCGUAUUAUCUGCACAAAGCGAGAGGGAAGAGAUGGCGGUUCAGUGAGAUUGGCGUCCACUUCCACCACUACAUCAACGGGGGUCUACUGCCUCUGCUGUUCACCGCGUUUCGCGGCCGUCUGGCUGAGGCACUGCAGGGGGUGUUCUUCGGUGUGUACGUGGAGGGCAUUGCUGUGUGGGGCAUGGACCCGAUCUUGUUCUGAUGUAUGGUUUGGCGUGUGAUGUGACCGAUGCACAUACGGGUGUGUGGGUGUGUGGUUGGACGCACAGCAGCUUCUCUCACUGAGUUGAGGCAUGCCAUUCAUGUAUGUGUGGACACGUCAGACGUCCAGCCCAGCCCCUCUGGACGGAAUGAAUGGGAACGUCGUG